AUGUCUGCUACUAAGGUUGGUAUGCCAGCACCAGAACCUCCUCUGCUGGUUGAGAAGACGCAAAGGGCAGAGAAGACGCAAAGGGCAGAGAAGACGCAAAGGGCAGAGAAGACGCAAAGGGCAGAGAAGACGCAAAGGGCAGAGAAGACGCAAAGGGCAGAGAAGACGCAAAGGGCAGAGAAGACGCAAAGGGCAGAGAAGACGCAAAGGGCAGAGAAGACGCAAAGGGCAGAGAAGACGCAAAGGGCAGAGAAGACGCAAAGGGCAGAGAAGACGCAAAGGGCAGAGAAGACGCAAAGGGCAGAGAAGACGCAAAGGGCAGAGAAGACGCAAAGGGCAGAGAAGACGCAAAGGGCAGAGAAGACGCAAAGGGCAGAGAAGACGCAAAGGGCAGAGAAGACGCAAAGGGCAGAGAAGACGCAAAGGGCAGAGAAGACGCAAAGGGCAGAGAAGACGCAAAGGGCAGAGAAGACGCAAAGGGCAGAGAAGACGCAAAGGGCAGAGAAGACGCAAAGGGCAGAGAAGACGCAAAGGGCAGAGAAGACGCAAAGGGCAGAGAAGACGCAAAGGGCAGAGAAGACGCAAAGGGCAGAGAAGACGCAAAGGGCAGAGAAGACGCAAAGGGCAGAGAAGACGCAAAGGGCAGAGAAGACGCAAAGGGCAGAGAAGACGCAAAGGGCAGAGAAGACGCAAAGGGCAGAGAAGACGCAAAGGGCAGAGAAGACGCAAAGGGCAGAGAAGACGCAAAGGGCAGAGAAGACGCAAAGGGCAGAGAAGACGCAAAGGGCAGAGAAGACGCAAAGGGCAGAGAAGACGCAAAGGGCAGAGAAGACGCAAAGGGCAGAGAAGACGCAAAGGGCAGAGAAGACGCAAAGGGCAGAGAAGACGCAAAGGGCAGAGAAGACGCAAAGGGCAGAGAAGACGCAAAGGGCAGAGAAGACGCAAAGGGCAGAGAAGACGCAAAGGGCAGAGAAGACGCAAAGGGCAGAGAAGACGCAAAGGGCAGAGAAGACGCAAAGGGCAGAGAAGACGCAAAGGGCAGAGAAGACGCAAAGGGCAGAGAAGACGCAAAGGGCAGAGAAGACGCAAAGGGCAGAGAAGACGCAAAGGGCAGAGAAGACGCAAAGGGCAGAGAAGACGCAAAGGGCAGAGAAGACGCAAAGGGCAGAGAAGACGCAAAGGGCAGAGAAGACGCAAAGGGCAGAGAAGACGCAAAGGGCAGAGAAGACGCAAAGGGCAGAGAAGACGCAAAGGGCAGAGAAGACGCAAAGGGCAGAGAAGACGCAAAGGGCAGAGAAGACGCAAAGGGCAGAGAAGACGCAAAGGGCAGAGAAGACGCAAAGGGCAGAGAAGACGCAAAGGGCAGAGAAGACGCAAAGGGCAGAGAAGACGCAAAGGGCAGAGAAGACGCAAAGGGCAGAGAAGACGCAAAGGGCAGAGAAGACGCAAAGGGCAGAGAAGACGCAAAGGGCAGAGAAGACGCAAAGGGCAGAGAAGACGCAAAGGGCAGAGAAGACGCAAAGGGCAGAGAAGACGCAAAGGGCAGAGAAGACGCAAAGGGCAGAGAAGACGCAAAGGGCAGAGAAGACGCAAAGGCCAGAGAAGACGCAAAGGCCAGAGAAGACGCAAAGGCCAGAGAAGACGCAAAGGCCAGAGAAGACGCAAAGGCCAGAGAAGACGCAAAGGCCAGAGAAGACGCAAAGGCCAGAGAAGACGCAAAGGCCAGAGAAGACGCAAAGGCCAGAGAAGACGCAAAGGCCAGAGAAGACGCAAAGGGCAGAGAAGACGCAAAGGGCAGAGAAGACGCAAAGGGCAGAGAAGACGCAAAGGGCAGAGAAGACGCAAAGGGCAGAGAAGACGCAAAGGGCAGAGAAGACGCAAAGGGCAGAGAAGACGCAAAGGGCAGAGAAGACGCAAAGGGCAGAGAAGACGCAAAGGGCAGAGAAGACGCAAAGGGCAGAGAAGACGCAAAGGGCAGAGAAGACGCAAAGGCCAGAGAAGACGCAAAGGCCAGAGAAGACGCAAAGGCCAGAGAAGACGCAAAGGACAGAGAAGACGCAAAGGCCAGAGAAGACGCAAAGGCCAGAGAAGACGCAAAGGCCAGAGAAGACGCAAAGGCCAGAGAAGACGCAAAGGACAGAGAAGACGCAAAGGACAGAGAAGACGCAAAGGACAGAGAAGACGCAAAGGACAGAGAAGACGCAAAGGACAGAGAAGACGCAAAGGACAGAGAAGACGCAAAGGACAGAGAAGACGCAAAGGACAGAGAAGACGCAAAGGACAGAGAAGACGCAAAGGACAGAGAAGACGCAAAGGACAGAGAAGACGCAAAGGACAGACCUACAGUUUUCAUAA